AACUGACAAAACCUUUUUUUGUCUUUUUAAUAGAAAAAUGAAAGGAAAAGCGUGGAAUUCCAGAUGAAGGAAUCGUCAUACGGUUACCUGAAUUCGCUAUUUAUUACUGAUAAUCAAAUGACAGAAAAUCUUUAUUUGAAAUGACUUUUACUAGCCUUUAGUCAUUUCCGGUUCUGUACUCCAAGUUAUCGUUCCUAGGCGCGUGUUCUAUGUUAUAUCACCUCUAUUUCCAUGGUUUACAUCAAAUUCAACCUUAUCUUAAAAAAAAAGUACAAGGUUAAGUUGAUAAGCUAGAUCAAAAAAAAUACUGUCGCUUUCGGGUCGUUAUGGAAUAUAAUGAAAAUAUUAUACUAUGACUAUGGCGUUAAAGGUUCAAGUUUGACCUUUCAGACCUCUACUUUUACUUUAGUGUUCUACUUUUAAUUUAGCAUUUAAAUUUUUAUCAAUGGGGAGAUUUCUGUUGUUUCUGUCAUAUGUAGGAACUAAGUACAGUGGAAUUCAGAUACAAAAAGUAGGUAAUUUACAAAGACCAGAUAUUAAAACAGUUGCAGGUGUAUUAGAGAAAUGUUUGAAUAAUUUAGAUACAAGAGAUGAAGUUAAAGUUAGAACAUCAAGUAGAACAGAUCAGGGAGUCCAUGCACUUAUUAACACUGUUCAUAUAGAUAUUUUAUACAAAUAUGGACAGGAAUUUGAAGCAAGUAAUCUCACAUCUUAUCUAAAUAAAAAAUUAUCAAGAGGUGGAGAAUAUAUUAGAAUUUUAAAAACUAUGCGAGUAUGUGAUGAUUUUCACUCUCGUUAUAAUGCGAUUGGUAGGAGUUAUCUGUAUAGAUUAGCUAUACCUAGAUCAGAAGAUGAUGUUGAUGAUCCUAAGACUUUAUGGUGUCCUUUGGAGAGUGAUCGACUUUAUUUUGUGAAACGCCCAUUUAAUGUAGAAGCAUUCUUAAAAACAGCAGAAAUAUUAUCUGGCGUGCAUGAUUUUAGUGCCAUAACUGUUGAAUCACAACGACGUGACGGAAUAACACAUCCCUACAGAAAUGUAACAAUUGGUAUACGAAGAGGCGAUAUGAUUUUACAAAAAGAAUAUAGUUUAAAACCUGAUUAUGAUGUGUGGGAAAUGCAUUUCAAAUCGAAGUCCUAUCUUUAUAAACAGAUUCGUCGAAUGAUUGGUUGUAUGGUUGCUGUUGGUAGAGGAAAGUUUCAGGUGGAGGAUAUAAAGAAAUUUUUACAAGAUCCAAAACAUUUAGAAGAUCACAAGAUUGAAUCAGCACCAUCAUGUGGUCUUUAUUUAAAAGAUGUCUAUUAUAAAGCAUCAGAUUUAGUUUACUGGCCUAACAGAGAUGUCGAUUAUGAAUUAUUCUUAGAUGAAGCAUAUCAAAAUUAUUAUAAUUAUUCAGGAAGUCAAAGCAUCAAAUCUCAAAAAGAAAAUAAUGCAUUUAGUGACAAUGACACGGAAGAAAAUAAAAACACAGAAUUAACAGAAUGUGGGAGAGAAUCUGAUUUGUUAAAAGAAGAGACCGAUCAAAGUUGUUUCAGUUAUUUAAAUAGUUUGACAAACAACAACCAGAGUGAAACCAGUUGUAUUGAUGAAAGUAAAAUAAGCCUAAAAUGUGAAAAUGAAACAAGUCUAGAUUUUGAAAAUGAAACAAGCUUAAAAUGUGAAAGUGAAACAAGUUCAAGUUGGGAAAGUGAAACAAGCUUAAAAUGUGAAAAAGAAAAAAAAUUUAAAUGUGAAAAUGAAACAAAUUUUAAAUGUGAAUGUGAAAUAGAGGAAAGUAAAAAUGUUAAAAUUACACAUGGUGGUAGUUGAUAUAGAAUGUGUAAUUAAUUAAUGUAGUUAGCGGAUUGAUUGAUUGAAUAAAUGUGUGUGAUAAAUCUAAA